AUGCAUAUCCAAACAUUGUCUCCUGUGCUGACAUUAGCCAUUGCAUCUAAUUCAGCCAUCGUCUUGGCAGGAGGAAGGGGUUGGGAGGUUCAACUAGAAAGAAGAGAUAGCAGAAUAGCAUAUAGAUCAGGAGCUGUGAGUAAUCUUCAAAGUCCUUUUGAACCUCUUGCAAAUCUUACAAUCAAGUUUGUCAACGUUGGUCUUAAUUCUACUAAUCUUGUCUCUUUAUCUGGGAUUGCCCUUGAUAGUGGUGUUGCAUUGUUGAAAGUAGUCAAGCUAGCCACGGGGCACAAUGCAAUUGAUAUGGUUGGAACAAUUCUAUUAAAUAUAUUACGAGGUGAUAUUGCAAGAUUGAGUAGAUGUACUACAUUAAUUACCGAUGAAGAUGGACCAAUUCCAAGAUGA